AUGUCCUAUAACAAUGACAACGACAAUGACCGUACCUCGGGGUACGGUAACGACCAGAACAGCUCUUCCUACGGAAACAAGCAGUCAAGCUACGGUUCCAAUGACACUGGAGACUCAUACAACUCCUCGAGUCGCAAGAACGACAAUGACAACGAAGAUUCCUACGGAUCGAGCAAGAAGUCAAGCUAUGACGAAGACAACCAGACAUCCUCUUAUGGAUCGAACAACAAGUCCAGCUAUGGAAGCAAUGAUAACCAAGACUCUUCUUACGGAUUGUCUACACGCAAGAGUGACAACGAUGACACAUACGGCUCGAGCAAUACGUCCUCUGGCUACGGUUCAUCGGGCCGCAACAACAACAGCAGCAGCAACAAUGAUGAUGACAACUCUUAUGGCAGCAAGAAACAGUCUUCAUACGGCUCUUCAAACACCAACGACGACUCAUAUGGCUCAGGCAACAAGUCCUCCAGCUACGGCUCAACUGAUAAGGAUGAUUCCUACGGCUCGGGAAACAAGUCUUCUGGAUACGGAUCAAACGAUAAGGAUGACUCCUACGGCUCGAGCAACAAGUCCUCCGGCUACGGCUCAUCAGAUAAGCAAGACUCUUACGGAUCGACCAACAAGUCCUCCGGCUACGGAGGCAGCAACGACAACGAUAACAGCUAUGGUAGCAGCAACAAACAAUCCAACUCUAGGUCCAACGAUGAUGAUAACUCUUACGGCUCUGGCAACAAGUCUUCCAGUGGCCUGGGCACAUCUGGCGACUCUUAUGGUUCCGGAAACACACGGGACAACGAUUCAUCCUCCUAUGGAAAAUCUGGCCGAUCUAACGAGGACAGUUAUGGUUCUAAUGACCGCGAGAGUUCAGGUUAUGGAAGCUCGAACAAGAGAGACAAUGACUACUAA